ACCAUCUUUGCUCCGACAACCACCAACCCACCGAAACGACACUCAGAGACCAUGGCGCAGUACCUACCUGUGCUGCUUGUCUCCGUGUCGACGAAUGCCAACGCAGACGACUCUUCUCUCGAGCCCCAACCUCGCGGACAAGUCGACUACCUUUCACACCAGUGGGAGGAGGAGGACGUUUGGCGGUCAUGGCGGAGCAUGACACGCCAGAAGAACGAAAUCACCAAUGGCAUGAGAUUGGAGAAUGCGAGCUGGAGGACUUGGUGGAAGCAGCGGAACAAGCUCAAGACUAUCAGUCCAGAGACCCUCAACUGGCUUAAAGACUCUGAUGUCACCUGGCUCUAUGGGCCCCUGCACACCGCUGUUGACUGGUCUCCUCCUCCAAAACCCAAACCUGAUCCGACGGAGGUUGGCAAAGAGUCGUCAACCGAGGACAAACUGGACCUGGCACAGGCCAAGCACAAGUCCAUUCUCAAACACCGGAGCAUAACAGAGUUAUUGCAGAGUGAAUUGCCUGCCUCGUCUCUUUUCAGCCCUGUGGAGAGUGACGAGGAAGAGUUGGUUGAGGAGGACGACAAACCAGUACGGCCCCCGUUAUUGCAUACGAAGAGUGCGCCCCAUAUCCACCCGCCUACUCAUCCUGCACUUCGUAAACCGUCUCCCCCUCGAGUGUUGCCUCCUGCCAUGGCCAGUGAAUCCUCCCGUCUUGCCACCUCGCAUAAGCGCCACAUCACGUUCAACACAUUUGUCGAGCAAUGUAUCGCUAUCGAUAGUCCUCGUCGUCCUGCUCUUUCUUCGCUGUCGGCCUCGAGCGAUUUUAUUGCCAAUGAUGGCCCCAUGCUGACUAAUCGGACACAUUCCUGGGAUGGCAGGACAAGUGGUCGACGCUGGGCAGGCACUGAUGACGACGACGACGAUGACGAUGUCAAUCAGCGCACUGUCAACAGCGAGAGUGCGCUUUCGAGCGACUCUGACGACGCUCUUGAAAUUUGUUUACCUCGAUCACGCUCCGGAUCAAGGUCUUCCGGGUCGACAUCCAAAUCAGCUCUCACUUUAUCGAAUAAGGUCGCAAGCAAAACUAUCGCACCGAUCGCACCCACGCGUUUGAAGACAACUGGGGUUGGGAAUAGCUGGGCUGGCGGGGAGUGGGUCAGCACACGCGAUGAAGGUGGUUUCCAUAUUGAGGAAGCCCACCUCCAAAGAACAAGCGCAACAGUCAAUCUGCCUGCAUCAGCCGCGGCCAACACUCUCGUUUCUGUGUUCGAUGAUGACGACGAUGAUCUCGAUGAGAGUGAGGUGUUCAACCACGAGUCGCUCUACCUUUCAGCUGAUGCUGAUGCGUAUGACUACUUUGCUGGCCCGGAUAUUGGCGUUGAAUUCGCCCCUCCCAGGGAACCACGUGGUCGAAGUAUAACCACCAACGACACCGUGGAGGGUGAACGGUCAAGGUCAAGGUCGAAAUCUAAGUCGCGCUCAAGAUCAAGGACGCCAUCGCCUGCUAUACUUCCCCCCAAUGUGUCAUCUCCCUCUCAGAGUGCUGCAAUCAGUGUUAGCGCAAAUACGCGUUCAGGCCUGCUGUCACCCCCUCCAGUCGCCCCACCUCGAGGCAGGGAUACUUCUGUCUCCCCGUCAACCUCGACAUCGUCUUCCACAUCAAAUCGUGGUCGCAGUGCGACAAGGACAACUUCAAGCAGCAGUGACCGUGAACGGAGUCGAUCUGGCUCAAGUCAUACCAGUCCAUUGGGUAGUCUGAGCCCGGAGUAUACUGGUGUUAGGGCAAGCACCACCAGCAGCAGCAGUGGUGGUGGCUCGAGCGAGUUUGUCUACGGAGGAGGGGUCAAAGGUGGCAAAUGGGACCGUGAAAAGCCACCAAGUGCAAGUCCGGAACCCAAAAGUUCCACAAGCACAACCACGAUAUCUGAAGAUGACAAUUCCAAUUCGAGUGGAACCACCACAACUCGCCCUACAGUGCAAGUUGCAGAUUCUCCGAGACCGUCUGUCACCCCUGCCAAUUCGCCUAUCGUGGCCACGCGUACACCCACGUAUGUAAAUCGAGCCAAACCCCCCUCAUCCAUCGCUUCUUCCUCCUCAUCAUCAUCGUCCUCUGGAUCAUCUUCUUCAAGCAUCAGGACUCCUUCGACCCCGCCUGGAAAAUCAGACCCUGCAUUUGCAACCACCGCUGCAUCGAUGCCUCGGCCCAAGCCACAUAUGGACAUGCUCAAUGCCUCCGUCGAUGGUUUCUUCGUACUUGACGACGACGAGCCACAGCCGCCGACGGCAACUGCUACUCCAGCCAACUCCCCCGUCAUACAUCGGCACCCACCGUCAACACUAAUUGUUAACGGCGCUACGCCAGUUAAGAAGUCGCCCCCAGACACAACAACAGCCAAGUCAAUACCGAUUUCGCCGCCCAAGAGCCCAGGCAAGCAACCAUUGGCGAGGAACAAACCCCCGAUAGACGUCGCCCCGACUUCACCCGCCAAAGCGACCUUCCAAGUUGGCACUCCCGUGAUGAGUGUCCCUGGACAUGUAAAACAAGGGUCGGGCAGCAGUCCCAGUGAGAAUGCGCUUCACAGGACAUUAAGCGGCCCGCCGUCGCCUACUAGCACCAAUCAUGCUCAACCACAAGGGCACCACCAGGAGGGUACUAUCGUGGGUAAAGCUGUGGGUAUGGUCACCAGCGCUGGAGCAUACUUUGGCUUAUGGGGCGGUGCAACGGCAACACCAGCGUCGACCCAGGCGUAA